AUGCCAGUUAUCCGUAGUGGUAAUCAGGAGUUUCAUUUGCAACAUUCGGAAGAAGAGAAACUAAAUCAGUUUCAAGCGGUGACAACCUUCCCAGACGAUGAGUUACCAUUGAUUAUAACUCUUUUACAGAAUCAUUCAUGGAAUCUAGAACCAGCAUUGAGUAGGUACUUUGAUGGGGAUUGGAAGGAUAAUCUAUCCUCUCAGCGUAUUCCUUCUAGAGAUGAGCAUUCAUCUUUUACACAUAUUUCACGCGGCCUUGGGUCUCAAAGUUCAAUGGCCUUUAUGGCAAAUGACCAGAGUUUUGUUCCAUCAUUGCCUGUGGUAACUGCUUUACCCCAGAAUUACAAGGAAAAGUUUCAGCUUGUUGGCUUACAGCCUGACAAAUCGAAGUUCAACAGUAAUCCUAUUCUGCUUAUACUUAUGUUAUUGCCGAGUUUUCUUGUGAAACUUGGGAUUAAUAUUUGUACGUUUUUAUGGCAAGUUAUUACAUUUGGAUAUGGAGCAGGUCUCUCCAGUGGCUCUCAAAAGGUUAGUAUCUUUCCCACGAAGUUUGUUGGGCCUGAGCGGUCGGUUGAGGAUGAAAUUACUGCGAUAUUAGGCGAUGAAUCCCAAGAACUACUGCGCCUAAAAACAAACUCGUCCUACAAUGCAGCUUUAAAGGACUGCGAGUCCAAAUUUAAAUUUUUGUUAAUUAUAAUUUUAGGUGAUUUAACGGGAGAGACCACUGAUUUGAAUUCUCAGAGGUUUGUGAAGAACAUUUUGGCUGAAAGAAGCACGUUGGAGUUCUUGAAUGAAAAGAAAGAUGAGUUAACAAUAUAUUUGGGUACGGUAUACGACAAGGAAUCAUGGAGCGUUGGUAAGCAUAUGGGUGUUAAAUAUACGCCGGAGUGCUAUUUGGUUGCCAAUGUAUUGAAUUCAAAUUCAUCUGCGUCUUCAUCCUCAUUGACCAGCACUCCUAAGAUGUCUGUCGUUGGUGAUAUACGUAUUCAAUCUCUGAAGCGAUUCCAAAGGUCACUUAAGUUCCAUAUGGACAAGUAUACUCCAGAGCUUGUAGUUAGCCGUACAGAAAGGGAGGAACUUGAACUGGAAAGAAAGAUCAAGCAAUUACAAGACGAAGCGUACGAGGAAUCAUUAAGACAAGAUCAAAUAAAAGAAGAGAAGCGCCGUUUAGAGCAAGAAGAAAUUAAGUUGGCCAAAAUUCUUCGCGAACAGGUAAAAUACAAUGCGAAAGCGCACAAUACGCUACGUCAUUUGUUCUGGUUGAAAGCCUCUUUGCUAAACUUAGUGGAGAAGCCCCAGAAAAAUGAGAAUAAGGCGGCUACAACAUCCGAAAAACCUGCUAUUUUGCAGAUAAGAACAUCCGACGGUAAGCGUAUGGUGAAGACAUUCCCGGGUUCUACUCCAUUGCGUGAUCUAUACGUUGAUAUAGGAUGUCAUUUGUUUCUUGGAGAAUUCAGUGAAGAUCCAACGGUUCUUUUGAAACGCCUGACUGAUAAACUUCUGGCUGCGGCAAGCAAUAAUGAACUGCUCUGUUUUAAAUCAAACAGUGAUCAAGACUUAAGUACGAUAGAAAGCAUUAAAUUGCUGUUAACUGAAGAAUAUUCAAAAUGGGACAAUUCAGGUCGUGAUGACCAGGAGCAGUGCGAGUCAUUUAUUGACUUCGAACUAGUUUCUUCGUUUCCAAGGUAUAAGAUACCUCUUGAUAACACACUUAAAAUCGAGGGCGUUUCACAAAUUUGGCCAAAUGGUAGUUUGCUAGUAGAAUACGUUGAUGAGGAGGAGGAAGAGGAUGAUAGUGCAGACGAUUCCACAGCAUAG